CCGGGAGCGGGAGCGGGAGCGGGAGCGGGAGCAGGACGGGCCGAGGCUCCGGGCCGUGUUCGAUGCCCUGGACGGGGACGGGGACGGCUUUGUCCGGAUGGAAGAAUUCCUUCAGUUCGCCACCGUCUAUGGGGCCGAGCAGGUAAAGGACUUAACGAAAUACCUGGACCCCAGCGGGCUCGGCAUCAUCAGUUUCGCAGACUUCUACCGAGGGAUCACAGCCAUCAAAAACGGAGCAGACCCCGAGAGCCAGCUGUACGACAUCGGAUACACCCAGGACGAAGACCCCCCGGCCUGCCCCGAUGAAUUUGAUGACUUCGUUACCUAUGAGGCGAAUGAGGUGACGGACAGCGCUUACAUGGGAUCUGAGAGCACCUACAGCGAAUGUGAAACCUUCACCGACGAGGAUACGGGCACCCUAGUGCAUCCUGAGAUGCACAACGAGGUGGAAACGGACAGCGCCAUCGACUCGGCUGUGCACUCUGAGAUCGCCGACGCGGCCGAGGAGCCAGAGAAUGGAUCGUCGCCACUCACCCCUGGAACAUCCCACCCACACGGCCUGCCUCUGAGCUCCGCCCUCCACAAUCACUCCAUCGUGACGGUGAUUAGCGGGGAAGAGCACUUUGAGGACUACGGAGAAGGGAAUGAAGCCGAACUCUUCUCAGAGAACCUGUGUGACGGAGGGACUGGCUUUAACAGCUCCUCUUUCCUGUCUCCCAGCGCCAACCCAUUUGCAGCAAAGCUUCACAGCCUCCUCACUGACGAGGCUUUUGAGUUUUACUGUAGUCAGUGCCACAAACAAAUCGACCGCCUCGAAGAUCUUUCCGCUCGCCUGAAUGAUCUCGAAAUGAAUAGUCCGAAUAAGAGGCUCUCCAGCAAGAAGGUAGCAAGGCACUUGCAUCAGACGGGCCAGCUGUCUGGGGACAUGAUGGAGGAGGCUUACCAAGACCCCGUGGGCGGCACGGAGGAGGACAUUACCGACAAGGUGGUCUUCCUGGAGAAGAGGGUGACGGAGCUGGAGAAGGACACAGCUGCCAACGGAGAACAGCAGAGCCGGUUGAGGCAGGAAAACCUGCAGCUGGUGCACAGAGCCAACGCCCUCGAGGAGCAGCUGAAAGAGCAGGAGUUGCAAGCAGACGAGAUGAUCCUCGAAGAAAUUCGGAGGCAGAAAGACCUCCUGUGCAAGAUGGAGCGAGAGAAGAGCAUCGAGAUUGAGAAUCUCCAGGCCAGGUUGCAACAGCUGGAUGAUGAAAACAGCGAGCUCCGAUCGUGCACCCCCUGCUUGAAGGCCAAUAUCGAGCGGCUAGAGGAGGAGAAGCGGAAGCUUUUGGACAAGAUCGAAGACCUUGCCGUCCAGCUCAGCGAGGAGCAGGAGACCAAGAGGAAGAUGGGCGACAGACUGAGCCACGAACGUCACCAGUUUCAGAAGGACAAGGAGUCGACCCAGGAGCUGAUCGAGGACCUCCGCAAGCAGCUGGAGCAGCUGCAGUUGUUCAAACUGGAAGCGGAGCAGCGGCGGGGCCGGAGCAGCAGUGUGGGACUCCAGGAGUACCACAGCCGGACCCGGGAGAACGAGCUGGAGCAGGAGAUCCGCAGGCUGAAGCAGGAUAACCGGAAUCUGAAGGAGCAAAACGAUGAGCUCAACGGGCAGAUCAUCAACCUCAGUAUCCAGGGGGCCAAGAAUCUCUUCUCGGCUUCUUUCUCCGAGUCGCUGGCUGCAGAGAUCAGCUCCGUCUCCCGUGACGAGCUGAUGGAGGCCAUUCAGAAGCAGGAGGAGAUCAACUUCCGCCUGCAGGACUACAUUGACAGGAUCAUUGUGGCCAUCAUGGAAACCAACCCGUCGAUCCUGGAAGUGAAGUAAGCGGCAGCAGCCCAGAGUGGCCUGGCGGCCCCCAGGGAGUGGGGAGGCGGGCUCUCCCUGGACUCCCAGGCAGGAGGAGGGGCCCCCCAGGGUGUGGACUCACCCGGAGCAAUAGAAGGACUGUCCCCUCCCGCCAUGCCUGGUCUUUUGCUGCCGUCAUCUUCUGGCCCCGAGGGCUGAACCGGAGACCCUCCCGGGAAGGAGAGAAGACUGAGGCCCCCCUCGCUCCCCAAAUCUGAGGGGGGUGGGGGACCCCAGGGGUGGCGAUGGGCGGGGGUCCUCCGGGGAGCCCCCGGCCCGGGGGGAGGGCAGUGGGCGGACUUGAAUUUGACCCGGCCGAAGCCGGCCCAGCCCCGCCCAGCCCUGCGGAAUUCCCCCGGCGAAGGCAGGGAAGAGGGGGCCGGCUACCCCUCGACUUAAUGAGAUGUCCCUCAACGGCCACCCCUUGCCUCCACCCUCUCCCCCCGAGUAUGCCAAAGGAGGGUCUGGCGGGGGUCUCUUCAGGGUGGGGCAGCGUCCCUCCCGGCAUCCCAGGGCUCGUCCCCCCAUCGCUAGGGGCGUUCAGCGGGAGGAACGGCAGGGAAACGAGACGCGCUCCUGUCCGGGCUGUGCUCCGAAGUCGCCCUCCUGCCCAGACCCUACGCACACAGAGGGCUGGUGGGGCGCUCCGCUGGCGGAGGCCCUGCUGCCAUGGCACUCCUCCUUUCUUUCUCCCACUCUCCCCCCGGACUUGGGGCCGAGGCACCGCUCCCUGGAGGGAAGGGGAAACGGAGAGAGCUGUAACCCUUCUGUGCUGUGGCCGGAGGGGCAGCCCCCUCCUCAUGCCCAUCCCAACCCGAACUAGCCGCCACGGUCCACAGAGCCUCCUCCCGCAACCUGGGGGGAAUGAUGGUCAGGCCGCUCGGCCCGCCCUUUCCCAGGCGUUUGGGCUUGUGAGGAUCCCAGGCUGGCCUGAGGGCAGAGCCCCGGUGCUGAGGGAGGAAUCCUCCCCAGGGCGGUUACCCCCGAACGGUCCUGUGCUCACCCACAGUCCUCUGCUGGGGUGGGGCACAAGCAGCCUUUGCCUUUCAUUUGGUUUUCGGGUCGUCAAAUGGGAAGGCUUUGUCCCCGACGGAAUUCCCAGCCGAGGCAAGUAGAGCAGGAGUCGGAUUCCCGUUCCCGGUCGAGGGAAGAGCAUCCAUUAGACAGGGAAGCCUUCGCUUCUCCGAGAAGCUUACGCUUUUCCUAAGACUUGACCCUCCGACACCACCAACCCGAGCGUUUUCCGGUAAAGAACGGUCAGAGGGGGAAGAGUCCAGUUGGAAACUGUUUGGAGAAGAGGUUUUUUUUGACCUCUACCCUGCCAGGCCAGCGCAGACCCCCACUGUGAGCCUCACCCAAGGCUGCCCCUCCCAUGACCCCCACCCCCUCCUCCCAGACCGGCAUUUUGGACCAGACCACCCCACCCCCUUAACCCCAGAGGGUUCCAAGGGAGUGGGGUACCCCGGCUUAGUCUUAGUUUUGACCCCAGCUUCUGUCACCGAGUGGAUUCCACUCAGAGACGCCAACGGGGUCCCGUCUUUGAGGAUGCGGUCGGGCAGAGGCCGCCAGGGGCGAGCCAGGGUCCCAGAGGGGCAGAGGAAGGAGGGAGGAACAAUGCCGUCUUACAGAGAGAAUGGAAAAGACGGAAAAAAUAAUCCAAAAGAGAAACUCGGCCGGCCGGGAAAGGGCAGAGCCCGUUGGCGGAUCCCCAUCCAACUCUGUCAGGUUCUUCCAGCGACGUGGACCGGUCAGUAGCGAUCCGUCCCAAACUGCCCCGUCCCUCACCCGUGCCGCCCCCAUCCCCCCGGACCUCUCAGUGAGCUCAGAAGUCCCGGAGGCCCGCAGGGCCCGGGGACCUGAGGGUCAAGAUGGAACUGCUUCUUUCUUAAGGGCCCAGGGACCCUUCAGAGGGUGACCUGGUAACCCUGGCCCUCCCCACCCCGCCCCCGUAUUUCAGGAAGCUGUCUCGUGUUGUACAUUUUGGGCAAAGCUUUGAGUGUAAAUCAGUGUAUACUUGGAGGAGAAAUUUUUCUAUCUGUAGAGUAGGUAUUUUUUAUAGACUGGAGGGCGGUCAAUUUUUUUAUUACUUUCUGGAGAGAAAACUAUCUGUGUACACACCUGAACUAUAUAAAUAUAUAAAUAUAUAUAUAUAUGUACAAAAUCUAUAAAUAUCAGAGCGCUGCCUUCUCAACCUGGGGCCCGUAUCCCCAGUGAUGCCCACUCCCUCUGUCCCUGCCGGUCACUAAGAGGUACUGUAACUGUAAAUAGGAGUCGCCGGGAAAGGUUUCCGCACCGCGAACGGAGCACUGACUUGCACACUGGCCACGCUUUCACCCCUGCGGAGAGCGCACUCCCCUCCACACCCCCCACCGGUGCUGGGAGGCCGGCCCCGGGAAAGGGAAAGGGCAGGGAGGGGACGGGGGCGUCCAGCCCAAGGGAAGAGAACCCGUGUUGUCUUAAUGAUGGACCGAUUCUUUGAUUAAAAGCUGUUCCCGA